AAUGUUAUGCAUCUUGUUGCUUUAGCAUUUGGAGAGUUGUUGAGGAGGUUAUGGGCUCCUAAUGCAAGGCCAGUGGCUCCAACAAUUUUCAAGUUAAAACUUGCUAAUUUUGCUCCCCAAUUCAGUGGCUAUAAUCAGCAUGAUUCCCAGGAACUUCUUGCUUUUUUGUUGGAUGGUCUCCAUGAAGAUCUAAAUCGUGUAAAAUUCAAGCCAUAUAUUGAAGCUAAGGAUGUCGAGGGUUGUCGAGAUGAUGAAGUAGCAGAAGGAUAUUGGCAAAAUCACCUUGCUCGGUGAUGAGUCAAAAUUAUA